GGUAACCUGUCUUAGGAAAAAUGCAGACUGCAUCCCUAGUCUGUCUAGUUUUUGUAGUAAGUUGCUUCCCAAACAUCUUGGCUCAGGUUUAUCAACAUGAAUCCAGCGGCUCUCUUUUAAGAGAUCUUGGACUUGGAGUUGUGAACUUUGCAUUUCAUCCCAAUGGUAGACUUAAUGUUCCAGGUGCKGUGAUACUUAAUGGGCCAAGCGAGAAGGAAUGUAGCAAAAGGUGUACGACCAACUCGACAUGCUUUUCGUUUAACUUUGGAACAAAACCAAUUUUUCACAUCGGAGACGAACCUCAGUACAUUUGCGAACUGCUCCCAACGGACAAGUACAACUCAUCUUACUUUUAUGCGACCAGUGCUGACUUCAACCACUAUAGUAUACAGUCUGAAUGCAAGAAUUCACCAUGUCCUAUAGGCUCAUAUUGUAUUCCCAACUAUAUCACGGACAACUACACCUGUCGGGAUGAGGAAGACGAAUGCAAAAAGGGUACUCAUAAUUGUAAUUCUAACGCAAACUGCACGAACACUUUGGGGUCAUACUUUUGUACUUGCUGGGAUGGUCUUGCAGGAGAUGGCUCUGUGUGUGUGGACAUUGAUGAGUGUGCUAUCAAAAAGCACAACUGCCAUCAAAAUGCUAAAUGCACGAAUACUUUCCGCUCGUUUGAUUGCAAAUGUCCUUUGGGUUUCACUGGAGAUGGAAUAAAUAGUUGUGAGGAUAUUGAUGAGUGCCUAACAAAAUGUACAAACAGCGGCUCGCAAUGUGUCAACACCUUGGGGUCGUAUACUUGUGAUUGUAAACCUGGCUAUAUAAUAAAUAUUUUACUUGGCGCUUGUGUUGACAUUGAUGAGUGUAGAUUGUCUGUUCCUAAUCCUUGUCAUAGCCAAGCAAUUUGUAAAAAUCACCGUGGAAACUUCUCAUGCACUUGCAAAACGGGAUAUAUUGGCGAUGGAAAAUUGAGCUGUAUGGAACCCAUUUCCGUUAGCGUCAAAUCGGGACUAGAAUUGGCAAUGCAUCCAAAGGGAAUAAAAUAUACUAAAGAGAGCGAUGGUAUUAACAUCCUUGUUCUCAAUAAUCUUGGAAAUGUUCAUUUCUCUAUGAAAGGUUUCGAUACAUUACAUAAAGAUGGGGCCGCAAUUGCUGCAAGUACAUACAUAAAAAGUAUUCCUAAUGAUAAGAUUGUYUUGAUGGGAAUACAUCGAAAAGGGACAGAACUCGGAAAAAACGAUCAUAUUCCUGACAAGSAAGCYUUUGAUCAAUUCAUUGAUGCGUUUAAGAUAAUAGGCUCUCGUGUGACAAAUUAUUCCCAGAUCGAAGGGAUAACGGGAUGGUCACUGAUAGGUUACAAGGGGGAUCGAAAACCGUGGAUAGUUGAGAGGCUUGAUGAUACUGUGCUAUCAGCUCAAAUCGUUCUUCCCUAAAUAAUUUGGGCUUAUAUCAUAUCAAACAAUUGCCUCAGAGAAAAAUUCGUUUGCCAAACUUUUGCUGAGCAUAUAUGGUAGGAAGUACGUUAGAAAGUCUUUAAAGUUUUUUCCACCUUUUAGCGCUUUUAAAAUGGCUAAAACUUACAGAAUUUGCAGAGAAAUCGCUUUGGGUCAUUAUGAUUUUGUCCUACUCCCCUCCCAUCCUUGAAAAUAAAGAAUCCCACAAAAGACACAGAAUGUUAGGCAAUUGUUUGAUAUGUUAUAUAGCCAUCAAGGAAAACUAAGCACAGAUCUUUUUUUUAAAUUUCAUUCUACCUUGACACCUUGUUAUGAUCCCUUCUUCCUUGAUAUUUAGCCUGAUUAGAGCAGAUUUCGUGAGAUUGAAGGCAAAAAAAAGGUAAUUCCGAACCAAGACCUUACCGCGGUCACUUUCUCAGUGGCUGACARUUUAGAAAUUUUGCAUGCACAGGCUCUUUUAAAAACGGCACGCACAGAAUUGAAUAGAUUGUAAUGAUAUUCACAAAGUGACGUAGUAUCUAAAGUUUACCGACGUGCCUUGACAGUGAUAUUUUCUUGAAUUAUUAAGUUCAUUUGGCGUCACUACCAGGCGAGGCUCCGUGACUGUGACGUGACGUGUCUCGUCCUUGCCGUGAUCCCGCGUACCUUUGCAAUUAAAGUCAUACGAAAUUCUCUGUAAUAGCGACAACAUGAAUUACAAAAUUACGACACUCUCUUUGAAAACUUUGAGGGUCGACCCGAAUCGGGCAUUUUCCUUUCAAGAUUUAGGUUGGGAAUUGGGAUUUUUGUAAUAGGGAUUAUUGACCAUUGGGCGCCGAGAUCCAGGUGGUUUCCGGCCCAAUAUUGGUACACCGAGCAAAAGUCCGCUUUAAUAACAACACAUGAUAAAAAAUGAUCAGGUCAUGUUCAAUAAAAUGCACCCAGUAACUAUGAUACACAUUCAAUUAAUGAUCAUGAAAUAUUAACCGCUAACGUAUAUCAAUAGUGUAUAUAGCUUGAGUAAUUUAAGUAAACUUUUGAUUCGUAUAAAGGACUCUA